UUUUGCAACUACUACAUUGUCGCAAUUGCAAGAGAGAGUGAUGGGAAGGUUGUUUGUGGUGAAUCUGGAAGGGAAGAUCUAUAGCUGCAAACACUGUCGUACCCAUCUUGCGCUUUACGAAGACAUCGUCUCCAAGACUUUCCACUGCAGACAUGGGAAAGCUUAUCUCUUCAAUAAGGUUGUGAAUGUUUCUCUUGGCGAAAAAGAGGAGAGACUGAUGAUGACUGGGUUACAUACUGUGGCUGACAUUUUCUGUGUGGGUUGUGGAUCAAUUGUGGGUUGGAAAUAUGAGACUGCCCAUGAAAAAGGCCAGAAGUACAAGGAAGGAAAGUCGGUGCUUGAACGGUACAAGGUGUCAGGUCCUGAUGGAAGCAAUUAUUGGAUCAACCAUGAAGCACAUGUUGGUGGAAGUGAUGCUGAUGAUGCUUAGUCAUCCAUUCUCAAUUCACCAUAUUUGGAUGAAGAAAGCCUUUCAAGUGCCUUGUCUCUGUCUCUCAAGUAAAUGGAAUGUAUUGAAAUAAAAGACUUCUGAAAAAUUAUGUAUUACAAUCAAAACUUUAGUUGGUUUACACUUGUUUUCUUUAAAUGGAUUUUAUCAUCUGAUACUAAAUAAAAUAUAGUGCCCAACUGGAUUGAUAUUC